GUGUCGAUAGUAAUUCUUUUAAUAGUAUCCAACUUAAUGAACCUUCCGUUAAUAUUCGUUGUGAUAAUGGAUCAAGUGUGGGUUAUAACUCAAAAUUUAGAGAAUAUUUUAAUAAAAUAACCAUGUCUCCUGGAAUAUCUGCUACUUCAUAUAUUGAGAUUGUAAAGUUGCAAGAAUUACUUAUUAGCCGAAAGGAUUUGUUCAAGGAAAGAAAGUAUUUUUCUUCAAGCCCGCAUCUCUUAGUCAAAAGACUUAAGGAAUUCAUUACGGAAGGUUCAUUAAGUUGGAUACUAUUAAAAGAAUUACUAUCGACACCUACAGAGAAAUUGGUUGUG